AUGACCGGUGCUUCUCCCAUUGAGGGCCUUCGUAUUUGUUCGUUGCUUCCGUCAUCGACCGACAUAGUGGGUCGCCUGGGCUUGCAAGACUAUCUGGUGGCGUGCACGCACUGCUGCAAUGAGCUGCCGGGGCGAGAUCUACUCAAUGCUGUGUCCGCGGGCGAGUUGCAGAGAGUAACCGUCAGUGCCAUCGAUCCCGAUACCAUGACUCAGGCAGAGAUCGACCUGAAGGUCAAACAGUCCGUUCAUCACGGCGUUUCCCUAUACCAACUGGACGAUGCAAAGCUCAAGAUAGCGCAUCCCACCAUGAUACUUACGCAGGCGUUGUGUACUGUCUGUGCCACGUCGUAUUCUACUGUCAUAGACACGUGCAAUCGUCUAGGAGACACAUUCAAGGAGAAAACAGGCUGUGACGUGAAGGUGCUCAAUCUAGAGCCACACAGCUGCAAAGAUGUCGCGCGCACCUUUGUUGAAGUCGCGGAACACUGCGGAGUGAAAGAACGAGGAGAAGCUCUAAGGGACGAGUUCAUGGAUGGCAUGCAACGCAUACAGGCUGCAGUGGAGAGUGUGGAACUCCCCACUUCCACCCGCAAGCCCCGUGUAUAUGUAGUGGAAUGGCUGGAUCCACCUUUCGAUGGUGGGCACUGGGUUCCUGAACAGAUCCGAUAUGGCGGGUGUGACCCCGUGUUCAACCCAGAAUGCGACCGGUCGAAGCAACGCUCGUGGAAAGAAAUAGCUGAGAGCGAUAUAGAUGUGGUGUUGGAAUCUCAAGGACGCACAGGAUCUGCUGGAGCCAAGCAAUUCGAGUGA